GGCUGGAAAGUGGGAAUACAGGAAAUUGCCCUUGAUCUCUUCGCAUCAUCAACUAUGGCCGACGAGAUAGAACUGAAGACAGCUCCAGCUGAUUUUCGAUUCCCGACAACAAACCAGACUAGACAUUGUUUCACACGCUAUGUUGAGUUCCACAGGUUGUGGCAGCAAAAGGUGAGGAGGCUGAUCUCUGUGAAAAAUUCGCUAAGUACUAUAGGGCACUUUGCCCGGGUGAAUGGGUUGAUAAAUGGAAUGAACAAAGGGAGAGUGGAACAUUCCCUGGACCUCUUUAAUUCAAUGUGAAUAUUUUUUUAGGUCAUCUUUCUUUAACUGAAUUUGGCCUUUUUGCAUCCUUUCCAAAAGUGAAAUGGAUUAAUAAGCAUUUCUGGGUCUGCCCUCUACGGAACCUUCUUAUGAAACAGUGGUUUGUCACUUGUGAAAAGUUUUCUUAAGCACUAUGAAUAUCUGUAUAAAACAUUAUAUGUUCUUGUUUACCUUUUGCUUGCAAUGCUCUGACACAUUGGCAGCUAACUAGCUUCAACAAGCAUCGUUGUGGCUGUUUACCUUGGCUUUCAAUUUGUUCACAUUUAAAAGAGAUUAGAUUUUAGUCUUGACUAAUGCAUUACAUAUAUAAUAUACUGACUAGUUUUCUGUACGCGCGAUGCGCGUAUGAGAUGAUGCCCAACUUAAAAAUUGUGUUAAUUUUUACCUACCAGUAUGUGAUUUUAGCAUUUGCUGUGUGCUACGCAGUAU